UAGUCCCCCCUCCCUUCAGUAAGAAUUGAAUAGAAAAGUUUAGAAAGGGUCGCAGUCUACUGUCAAAUGUAAAGCAUCCUGGUACGCAACAACUUAUCACUACAGGUGAAGGAAGCGUCUUUGAGGAAGAGUCUGGAACAUAACGGAUGGUUGCUGUCUGCAGGUUGCUGCCACAGGAACAAACUGCAAGGGCCUACCUGAUGGAAUUCCUUGAGUCCUCCACUACGUGAUUUGUUUCCUUCUGUUAGUGAAAAAGCGCAACAGUUAGAAAACCCUGACAGUAUGGAGCCGAGCUGCUUGCCUGCUUGUUCAACCACCCUACUGUAGUGCCUGUGACCUGUUUUAAGCUGAGCCAGGCAGCAGCUUCUGGAGCUGGCAGAGAGAUGGCCUCUCAGUGGACGCGGGUGAACAGCGCCGAGAGAAAGGUGCCUCACACGCGCAUGGAGGAUGAGAUCGACAUCCAGCAAAUCUACUCCUUUGGGAGGAAACUAGGUCAAGGAAGCUUUGGGGUCGUCUGCGAAGCCACCCACAAAGAGACGCAGAAGAAGUGGGCCAUCAAGAAGGUGAACAAAGAAAAGGCAGGGAGCUCUGGAGUGAAACUGCUGGAGAGGGAGGUGAGCAUCCUGAAGCGAGUCAAUCAUGAGCACAUCAUUCACCUGGAGGAAGUCUUUGAGACGCCAAAGAGGAUGUACCUAGUGACAGAGCUGUGUGAGGGCGGCGAGCUGAAGGAGCUGCUGCAGAAGAGGCAGCGCUUUAAAGAGGAGGAUGCGCGCCACAUCAUCAGCAGCCUGGCCCAGGCCAUCGUCUACCUGCACAAGAAAGACAUUGUGCACCGAGACCUCAAACUGGAAAACAUACUUGUUAAGAGUUAUCACCAUGGCGACGAUAACAACACGGUCAAUAUCAAGGUGACAGACUUCGGACUGUCUGUGCAGAAAGGUGGGGUUGGCAGUGAGAACAUGCUGCAAGCCACCUGUGGCACUCCAAUCUAUAUGGCUCCAGAGGUCAUCAACGGGCACGAGUACAGCCAGCAGUGUGACGUGUGGAGCAUCGGCGUCAUCAUGUACCUGCUGCUGAGCGGAGAGCCUCCGUUCAUGUCCAGCUUGGAGGAGCGGCUCUUCGAGUUGAUCAAGAAAGGCGAACUCACCUUCAGCACUCCUGUCUGGGACAGUAUCAGCGAUGCAGCUAAGAAGGUGGUGUGCUGCCUGCUGAAGGUGGACCCUGCCCACCGAAUCACUGCCAAUGAGCUGCUGGAUAACCCUUGGAUCACAGGUGACACUACCAUGGCGGCAACACCCACAAAUGUGCUGGAGAUGAUGCGUCAGUUCCGGAAUGAUCCGGAGGACUCAGAGGUAGACGAGGCAGGCUCUGGGUUGGAGCAGAUGUCGCUGUGCUGUUCCCAGAACAGCCCGUCUAAACCAACGCAAACGCAGACACCGACACCAACGCGGACAGAGGCCUCGCUAGAGCGGUCAGGCUGCAGUGACUGCGCGUCGCUACUGGAGGAGGCAGACACAGACGGUAGCAAGCCCUCCACGCCCUCCAAACAGAGGAACAAGAAGAAAGCCUCACAUUCAUCCUCCAAUGGAGCUAAAAAGAAUGGCUCAGUCGUAAAGACAUUCAAUAACACACAGGUGGUGGCACCAGGCACAGCGGCCCCGCGGACCGGAGCGAGACGGCCCCCUCCGCCAAGUCUGCGUCCAGCGCCGGCAAGUGCGAAGCCCCGGGCGGCCCCUGCAACAGCCACGCCCUUCCUUCCGACGGCGGGCCCGGGUCCCGCUGCCCAAAGCCACCCGCUCUCGGCUGCACCAAGACCAAGAAGGUCCCCUAGGGUGGGUGUGGGGGUGGGGGAGACGCAGGCGGAAGCCCCGCGCCUCAGGAGAGAGCCAAAGCAGCACGGCACGGUCCACAGCGUACCCUGGAGUGUGACUAGCCUGCUGGACACAUGAAACGUCCGACCCCCUUCUUCCUUCCCCCUACCCAUGACACACGACAGCUCUUCUGUGGCCCUAAUCAGUUCAUCCUGAACGAUGCAGCAGAGCUGCUCAGCCAAGCCCAGAGAGCUGCUCCAUACCUACAGCCACGCCACCCAUCUCCCACGUCAUCAUCCACUCCAACACAACAGCGUCCGUCAGCACAGUCGCCUGGAAGAGAUGAAUCGACUCCUGCUUCUACUCUUUCAGUGAUGACUUCCCCUCCUAAAAAACUAUGGUGGGGAGCGCUGAGUAGGAGGUGAGAUAGCUGUAGAAAGGCACAAGGGACAAGGUCCAGCUGACUCAGGACAACUAGCAAUAAAGCGUCAGCUGAGCAUGAGCUUGUUCGUCCUGCCCACGCUCAUCGGACUGAUUACACCUAUGCACAGCAGUAGGUUAACAAUCAAAUUAUUAAUAAACACACAUAAUAAAAUAUCUGUUGUGCUACUGAGGAAAGUGUUAUAAUUAUUUAGAAAUGGUAAUACUGAGGGUGUACAGGGUUAAGGUGUUGUUACUCCUUUGAAUGGUAAUUUUGUAAUCAAGCAGUAUUUUGCUAGCUGUGUGAUUUACACUCAAACACUAAAUGCCAAAAUAAGUCAUGACACACUUCUGUCACUUGUAUUGCAUUCUUUGUGUUACUAUAGAGUGAGUCAGUGAAAUUAUUAUUAUUAUUAUUAUUAUUAUUAUUAUUAUUAUUAUUAUUAUCGUUUCUGUUGUUGAGACAGAAAGGGAGUAUGAGUGACAGAUUUUUUCAUGUCAGGCAUCUGUCUUCUCUUGAGUCGUUUUAGUCUUUGCCAAAUCAUGAAGCUGUUAAGAAAUUGAUUUUUCCCUCUCAAUAAAUUGAGUUUGUCUCAUGUA